AUGGUUGUAUCUUUCACGGGGAAACGACUUGAUAUAUUACAUCACUGUCUUCCUUCAACUAUAACUGAACUAGAUCAUGCUCUAAGUGAUGGCGUAAGUAGGGGUGGAAGACAAGCAUUGGAGUGGAGAGCGUCAAUUGCUAAACAUUUCAUUGAAGAGUGGGAAUGGCAGUUGUCAAUUUUGCAGCGUCUUCUUUCGUUAUCUGAAUGCCAGUGGCAGUGGAAGGAGGCAUUAACUGUAUUACGUCCCGCACCAUCUAAGCUACUUAACCUUUUAUCCUUUGCAUGCAAAGAGCAAAGUAUGACAUUGGGGAAGGAGUGCAUCGAUUUUCGUUGUCUGCAGAAGAUAAAGCUGAGGCCCAGCCAAAAGGAAGAUCUGAAAUUACCAUUAUUUGACUUGGCCGCUGUUGUUUGUGCAACCAAUAACUUUUCAAACAACAAUAAACUUGGAGAAGGGGUGAUUUCGGAUCAGCCUUUUAAGGUAAAAUCAAAUAUAGUCCUCCGUACAGUUAGCUUGACAGUUUCCACAUGUCAUUUGGGUCAGGACUAUGGAUACAAGUCGUAUAUUGUACGUUCGCAAACUACAGAGUAUGGAUUUUGGUCAUCAUAUGCGGCUAAUGGAUUUCAGGGUACACUGAAAGAUGGACAAGACAUGGCUGUGAAAAGGCUCUCAAAACAUCCUAGACAAGGACUCAAUGAGUUGAAGAAUGAGGUUACACAUAUUGUCAAACUUCAGCACAGGAAUAUAGUGAAGCUUCUGGGAUGCUGUAAUCAAGAAGAUGAAAUGAGCUGA